UGGUCCAGCUGUCAUCAAGAAGAGAGAGGAGACCAUUAACACCGGCUGCCUAGGAAAUACUGAAAAAGGAAAAACGCAAAAAUAUGGCAACACCAAAACGAUAAGGUCAUGUCGCCGAAUUGAAGGAUAAAGAAGACGGUGAAAGCCAAAAGUCAACUGAAGAUUUACUGGUUGUCCUAAAUGGGUGACUACGGGUUUGGAGUUCUGGUGAAGAACAGCAGUGGUAACAAAUCUGCUUUCCCUGUAAGGAUCCCUCCUCACCUCCAAACCCAGCACCCUCACCACCCCUCAAACCCCCCCAGCCCCCCCUCCUUCGUAAACAACACCUGCUCCACCAAUGGGGGCAGUGCUUGGCUGUUCCCUGCCGUAGCCCAACACAGUAACAUGCAAGAUGAGAUUCUGGAAUCGGACAAGUCCAAGGCCUUGGACCUCCAGGACAUGCAGGAGAAGUCUCAGGUUCAGGCCCAGCCUCAGGCCCUGUCUCCGGGUCAGCAGGAAGCUGGUGGAGGCCUAGGAGAGCUUGAGGGGGCACUUCCUGAAGACGUUUCCCUGGAGAAGGGUUCUCUGGAGAGUAGUGGUGGGAAGGAGAAAAUGAGGAUGGAGUCUCCGGUGCUGAGUGGGUUUGACUACCAGGACAGCCUGGGAAUGGGUACGAGCAUUGCACAGUCCACCUCCUCUUCAUCUUCACUGACCAGCUUUAACAACUGGUCCCCUGCCGUCCCAUCCACCCAGUCUCCAGUGGUCGGCGAGGACAUCGGAGGGUUCUUCGGCCCAGCUGGCUCUAAUGCCAACGGACCUCCCCUGCUGUUCCAGAACUUCUCUCACCAUGCUGGCCCUGGUUUUGGGGCAGGGGGCAGUUUCUCCCCGCAGAUUGGACCAGUCUCUCAGCACCAUGCUCCAACACCCCACCCCCAGCACUACCACCCCCAUGGUCAGGGGGUGCCACAGCAGCACCGGCGCUCUCCAGCUAGCCCUCAUCCACCUCAGCCUUCCUUCCCUCCACAUCCCCAUCGUAGUGGACCGUUCACCCAGCUUCCCCAUCUGACUCCUGCCCAGAACAAACCACCCUCUCCUUGGGGAAGCUACCAGAGUCCCUCCACUCCCACAUCCACCUCCUGGAGCCCUGGUGGGUACAGUGGCUGGGGAGGCCCACAGGGAGUUCGAGAAUACCGGCGGGGGGUUGGUGGAGGCAUGACGGGCCUUAACUCCAUUUCACCACUGAAGAAAUCCUUCCCCAACAACCAGGUUCCCUCCCAGAAGUUCCCCAGAAAUAGCUCUGGCUUCAAUCACAAGGGCUGGAUGGAGGACAGCAUGAGCCGCAGUGAAGGCAUCUACCCUUUCCAGCAGGAGAGAACACGGUCCUUUGAUGGUUUCAGUAUGCAUUCUCUGGAGAACUCACUGAUUGACAUUAUGAGGGCUGAGCAGGAUUCCCUGAAAGGACGUUACAGCUUUUCUCACCAGGGUGGAGAUGGACCUCUACCUAUGAAUGCGAGAAGUUAUGGCAGAAGACGAGGUAAUUCCUCUCUGUUCCCCAUGGAGGAUGAGCGCUCCUUUGGAGAGGAUGAGUCAGGUGACCAGGGGCUUCCUGGACUUGGCUCCACCCACUGUUUCCCCCACCUCAAUGGGGAACGUGUGGAACGUUAUUCUCGCAAGGUGUUUGUUGGAGGGCUCCCCCCAGACAUAGAUGAAGAUGAAAUCACUGCCAGUUUCCGUCGAUUUGGUCAUUUGUUUGUAGACUGGCCUCAUAAGGCAGAGAGCAAGUCCUAUUUUCCACCAAAAGGAUACGCAUUUUUGCUGUUCCAAGACGAAAGCUCCGUUCAGGCUCUGAUCGAUGCCUGUAUUCAAGAGGAUGGAAAGCUUUACUUGUGCGUCUCCAGCCCCACCAUCAAAGACAAGCCUGUCCAGAUUCGACCCUGGAACCUAAAUGACAGUGACUUUGUAAUGGACGGCUCUCAGCCACUGGAUCCUAGAAAGACCAUCUUUGUAGGAGGUGUCCCUCGACCUUUACGUGCAGUGGAGCUUGCUAUGAUUAUGGACCGUCUCUAUGGGGGAGUAUGCUACGCUGGGAUCGACACAGACCCUGAACUUAAGUAUCCAAAAGGGGCGGGGCGAGUGGCCUUCUCCAAUCAGCAAAGCUACAUUGCAGCCAUUAGUGCCCGAUUUGUUCAACUGCAGCAUGGGGAGAUUGAUAAACGGGUGGAAGUGAAGCCAUAUGUCCUGGAUGAUCAGCUGUGUGAUGAGUGCCAGGGAACCCGCUGUGGGGGGAAGUUUGCUCCUUUCUUCUGCGCCAACGUGACCUGUCUGCAGUACUACUGCGAGUACUGCUGGGCAGCCAUCCACUCCCGAGCUGGCCGCGAGUUCCACAAGCCGCUGGUGAAAGAGGGAGGCGACCGACCUCGACACAUCUCCUUCCGCUGGAACUGAGGCGAGCCCAGGGCAAGGGAGGGAGAUGAUGCAGGUUCAGGGGAGGGGCUGAGAAAGGGGUUGUUAUGGAAGGGGUACGGGCUAUGGUAUGAAAAAUAAAUGCACUUUUCUUUUAAGUUAAAAAAAAAAACAACAUAAUUUAUUUUUUAUUUUAUUUUUUUUUAAUUGGCCCUCUAAAAGAAGUAAAUGCUAAGAAGAAAAGAGUGAAAAUCCCAUUUACGUUUUUUGACUUUAAGUGUGCAUGAACAUAUGGGUGCAUUAGAUUUGGAUUUAGACGUUUUCUGACUUGACUGUACUUUCUUUUCACGUUAGCUGGUGAAGCUGCUUACAUUUGUUUUCAAGAGUAACAUAAAAUUUAAGUGAGGUUCAUCAUACCUUAAUCAGUAUACUAACAAUGGAAGUUGAGUUUAAGAGGGGUGCAUUUUCUUGAUUUUUGCUUGCAGGAUUAGAGAACAACUGUACCAUUUACCAAAAGUUGAGUGCAAAUAGUUGGGUUGUACAGAGAAAUGAGUUUUUAAAGCAGCUCAUUGUAUAGCAUCUGGCCACGUCCUGAAAAAAGAAAACAACAAUGACAAAAUCUCUUAAAGAUUGCUAGCAUGAGGUUUUAGGUCUUGGUUGAAAAGUUGACACUUUGUAACCAGAUAGGGCAAACCAAAGAUUGGCCUAAAACACAUCAUCAGAAGCAGACAUCAACCUGAGGGUUUUCAGGAUAAUGUUGUGUCCUCUUGUCGUGCGACGGGAGGAGAGGCUGGGAGUUGUUUGGCGUUUUGAUUUCUGGGUUUCAGCUAAUAAAGACACGGCCCUCAGGGCUCAGGUAUUGGCAGUAGUAUUUGCUCACUUUAUAUUGUCAGGGAUAUUAGCACUGGAAGCUAACAUGCUAAUGUAGUACAAACUAAUGGGAAUGCACAGUCCAGUCUCCCUGAGCUGUCCUCAUGGUGUACCACUGCACGCUCUACUAUGACUGGAGCUUCUAUCACAAGUGUUGUGGUUGGAGAUGGUAGUAGCUAGAAUUUGCUGUCACAGAGAUAAAGAUAUUAUUUUAUACAUGGCCUGCUGAUUUUUGUACAGUGUUUUAUAGCUGAUUAUUUUGUCAUGAACAUAUAUACAUUUAUUAUGCACUACUUUUCUAAAUAUUUUUUUCAAUAGUCAUUUUAGGCACAUUUUUCACAGAUGGGAGAACUCCUUUUGCAAUACCUCAUUUUUUUCACUUGGUGAAAAAUAAUUUUGUACCUUUGUUACUAAGAGAUCUGCAUUUAUGGUAAACUUAAUUUAAAAAGAAAAUGAUGAAUGAUAUUAAUAUAAUUUUCAAUUAGCUUUUAUAUAUUUAAGUGCUGGUAAAUCUGAAAAUUGUCUGGUGCAUUGGUGUGAUUCUGUAGAUAAAAAAAAAAAAAAUAAGGCUAUUAUUAACUAGUCAUAUGGAUUCUCCUCUGUCCUCAUAAACAUUAUUACAGGAUCCUAAGGCAUGACAAGACCUUUCUUAACUGAUUUUGAUAGUCUUGAAACUAUAGUCUGAUAUUUCACCCCUAGGUUCAGUCAGUAAGAGUAUCAUUAGGGUAAAUGUUUUGGCUUUGUUCAAUGUGAUAUCUUCCCUUCUCUCACUGGAGUGGAUGUUGAACAUAUAGAUCCUCUUUCUGGAACUGCCUGUAAGUUCUACGUAUUCUUGGCAUGCAUAAUGUAAUACAGAAAUAAAAUGGCUAGUGUUAAUGCAGGACCUAAUGUAAUGCACUAGAUCUCCUUUUGACUUCCUUUUCCUUAUCUCUUUGAGAUCACCUCUCUCGUAGCCUCUCUUUACAUGAUGGAGUCUGCCUUCCUUACACAGACGUGAUGUUUAUGCAAUCAACACAGUGACAACACUUUGGAUGUGUUUUUUUGUAAUGUAGAGGACACUCAGUAGGACAUAGGUGAGGAGAGUUGAUCACUUGACCCCCCUUUGUGAUGUGGCAUGCUUUGGGACAUAACCUGAAUGUGAUUUAAUGUUGCAAGUUAACUUUGAGCCAUUAUGUGCAAUACUUAUUCUUUCCAGAAACAAGUCUCUGCAGUGUAAGUCAUUUAAUCCAUAUAGACCAUGCAGUCAUUUAACACAUUUGUUUCCUAUUGUUCAUGCUGAUGUCUGCAAGAAAAAAAAAAAAAGAACUAAUUUAUACCUGAAUUUAUUUUUAAACAUUAGUUUUGUGCUUAUUUACUUAUUUUGCUACAACCAUGCUACUGUGAUUGAAAACAUUGUAUAUACUAGGUCGAUAAUGUAUUUAGUAUUUGCUAUAUUUUCUUUUGAAAUGUUUAACUAUGAUUUUGAUCAGAUUUUUUGUUAUAUUUUUGGGGUGAUGUGUUAAACUCGUGUGUCUAGUUUUUCUAAUUGCUGUAUUGUGCUCCACAUUUUCAGAUGAAAAGAAUAUUAUGUCUGUUAGUAUUACUUGAUUGCAAAAUUUCAAUAGUUUUUAAUUGUAUGCUGGGAAGGUUAUAUUUAUUAACUUUUUUUUACCUGAUAUUUUGAUUUUUAUUCAGCCAUUUGACAUUUAUAUGUAAGUUCCAAUUUUUAUAUUUUCUUCCUGAUUAAUUUACGCUACAAUACAGACAUCAGUUUUUAUAGUUGGUUUGUAGUAUUGAAGUAAAACAAAGAUCUAAUGUCAUAUAUUCAUUUGCUGCCAACUAUUUGUAACUGUAUGCAUACAUUUGAAGUAUUUGUAAUGUGAGAUGUUGAAUGAAUAAAACAGCUGUGAGGAAGAA